AUGGCCACUGCCACAGUGCCCACCCCGCCCAGCCCCCGGCCCUGGGCCUUCGGCCCCUGCGGGCACGCAGGGCACUGGAAGCGCUUGGCAACCCCGCCACCCUCUACCAGCAGGCUGCAGCGCUGGGGCCCAGCACAGCUCACUUUCCCGCGCUGGGCUCUGGCUGCAGCUGACACCAUCCUUCCUGCCCUGCCCCGCGCCCUCCGCACCCCCACCCCUGCAAGCCAUCGGCUUCCCGGCCUCGCGCCCCCUGCGGGCUCCCUUGGCACCCACCUGACCGGCCAGCAUCCUCAGGGACAGAGGCAAGGCUACUGGCCAGCCUUGCUCUGCUGCCACGGGACCCCGCCCCCGGCCGCCCUCAUUGGGCGCGCCACCCGCCAGCCUCCUUCACUGGACGCUCCCGCCAAGCCCCCGCGCGGUGUCCAGCUUUCGUCCCGCCCCCUCUUCGGGCCAGGUCCUGCCCGGUCCUGCCAUGCCCGGCCGGUCCCCAGCGAGCGGUCCUUCGCUAUGGACACGGUAUCAGCCACUGUAGCCUGGGUCUUCGCAUCCCCGGGCACCCCCGAGCUGCUGAAGCCCCUGUGGAAGCUGUACUUGGCCUUUGUAGCCCUGCUACUGAAGACACAUCCCGCAAUAUCCGUAUUUCAGAAAGAUCUCCAACUCCUGCAGUUGAAGCUGAGAGCCUCCCUGUCUGCCAGAUGUGAUCUGGAAGACCAGAUCGUGAAGCUAGGUGAGGACCUCGGCAGGCUGCAGGCAGACAAGGCCCAUGAGGAGGAGUUUAGCAUGCUGCAGCAGAAGGUGGAGGUCCUGAAGGAGCUGUCCCACCAGAAGGAGCUGGAGCUGCAGAAUGGCCUGUGGGCCGAGUUCAGCCCUGGCAGCUGCCUUUCUCCUAGGAUGUUGAGUCAGGCGGAAUGUGCACAGCAGCAGCGAGAGCAGGCGCUGUGGGCUGUGGAUGAGAAGGUGGUGCCGGCCACAGAGGAGGUGAAAAUCUACAAGCGGCGAAUCGGUGAAGUGGAAGCAGAAUUAGAGAAAAUGGAGCGCUCAUUUAAAAACCAGCUUGCUACUGAGAAGAAAAAAGCCCAUGAGAACUGGCUCAAAGCCCGACAUGCAGAGCGCCUGGUGGCAGAUGAGAAGCGGCAGGCCGCCAACCUGCGGCAGAGGCUGGUGGAAAUUACCCAGAAGCUGGAUAUGCUUAAAGAGGAGCCUGGGAUCAUCAAUCCGAUGCCGGACUGUCAUGGAGUGCAGGACGCGCCCCACAGAGGUCCCCUGAGCCAGAAGGGCUCCUUGGGCCUGGCCCCUGUGAGUGGUGGUGAGUGCUCCCUGCCCCCAGGCGCAGAGCCUCCUGGAUGGCUGCCCUCUGGGAGCCUGAACUUUGCAUGCUGCAACAUUCCCAGAGCUGACUUUGGUGAGCCUCUCCGGGGCCUCGAGUCCUGGACUCUGGGACACCAUGCUGCCUUGCCCCGGGCAUGGUUCCCUGAGCUCUGGUACAGAGCCCGGGCACUCCCGGCUUGGGUUUCCACUUAGCCCUGGGCCCUGUGCAGGCCCACCCGAACUGCAGU